UGUGCAAACGGCCUGGCUAUGACUAGGACGUGCACGACGCGAGAACAGCCAUUCGAAUCCAGUAUUAGUGCGGUGUAGAGUGCUUCUCGGUGUUUUUUUUUGUUCAUCUUCGCACGCCUGCCUUCAUACCCGAGGUUUACCGAUCCUCUCGUGACUUCGAAACCCGUUCACCCGGUGUACAGACAAUAUGCCUUUUAAACCAGUAGAGCACCCCAAGUGUCCCAAAUGCGGCAAAUCCGUAUACGCUGCAGAAGAACGUGUCGCCGGAGGACUCAAAUGGCACAAGAUGUGCUUCAAGUGUGGUCUGUGCGGCAAAUUGCUCGACUCGACAAACUGCACUGAGCACGAGGGCGAGCUAUUUUGCAAAGUGUGCCACGGACGCAAGUUCGGUCCUAAAGGAUACGGCUUCGGUGGAGGCGCCGGUACCCUGUCCAUGGAUCAGGGUGAACAUUUGAAGAGUAGCGAGGACAUCGCGAGGGGAUCGAACGCCAUUCUGGAACCGAGAGCCAUCGCGAAGGCGCCCGAAGGGGAAGGGUGCCCCCGAUGCGGAGGAUACGUGUACGCUGCUGAACAGAUGCUGGCCCGAGGAAGGCAAUGGCACAAGGAAUGCUUUAAAUGUGCCAACUGCUCCAAGAGAUUAGACUCGGUCAACUGCUGCGAAGGUCCUGACAAGGACAUCUACUGCAAAGUAUGCUACGGAAAGAGAUUCGGACCGAAGGGUUAUGGCUAUGGUCAGGGUGGUGGCGCCCUGCAAAGCGACUGCUACGCCAAUGGCGAUGCUGCUCCUCGUACGACCGUGGUCGACACCGCCAUAAUCAAGGCCCCGCCUGGCAAAGGUUGUCCACGUUGCGGUGGCGUCGUGUUCGCUGCUGAACAGGUGCUCGCGAAGGGCCGCGAAUGGCACAGGAAAUGCUACAAGUGUCACGACUGCAGCAAAACUCUCGACUCUAUCAUCGCCUGCGACGGGCCCGACAAAGACGUCUACUGCAAGACUUGCUACGGAAAGAAGUGGGGACCGCACGGAUACGGAUUCGCAUGUGGAUCGGGAUUCUUACAGACCGACGGCCUAACGGAGGAUGAAAUAUCGGCCAGUCGGCCGUUCUACAAUCCUGAUACGACGGCUAUCAAGGCACCAGCCGGCCAGGGUUGCCCCCGCUGCGGUGGCAUGGUGUUUGCCGCCGAGCAACAGCUCGCCAAAGGUACCAUGUGGCACAAGAAGUGUUUCAACUGUGCCGAAUGCCAUCGGCCUUUGGACUCUAUGCUGGCCUGCGACGGACCCGACAAGGAAAUUCACUGCCGAGCUUGCUACGGCAAGCUCUUUGGGCCCAAAGGAUUUGGUUUCGGGCACACGCCGACUCUCGUUUCGACCAACGGAGAUCACGCUCCCUCGUACAUCGACGCAAAGCCUCAGGUGGGCCAGAAACGGACAGACGGCAACGGGUGCGCGCGUUGCGGCUACCCAGUGUACGCUGCGGAGCAGAUGAUCUCGAAGAACCGCGUGUGGCACAAGCGUUGCUUCAGCUGUGCCGAGUGCCACCGUUCGUUAGACUCGACGAAUCUGAACGACGGGCCGGACGGGGACAUCUACUGCCGCGGCUGUUACAACCGGAAUUUCGGACCGAAGGGCGUUGGUUUCGGCAUGGGGGCGGGCACCCUGACGAUGGCCUAACUUCUUCUUCUUCUUCUUCUUCUUCUUCUUCUUCUUCUUCUUCUUCAGGAACGUCGACACGCUCGAAACCAGUCUCAUAUAUAUAUAUAAAUACAAAUAUAAAUAUACACAUAAAUAUAAUUAUAUCCGUCACGUGCACGCGAAUAAACGAUCGGAAUCGUUGCACACCGUCGAA